GUGAACCCAAAAAUAAGUCAAUAAAGAACAACAAUAUUUAUUUGAUAUAUCUAUUCUAUUAAAACUCCUGUAUGACCGAUUGAUAUUAAUUGGGUCCAACUUAAAUUUUUUACAUUUUUGUAUAACUGCAUCAAUUUUGAUAUUAAUUGGGUCCAACUUAAAUUUUUUACGUUUUUGUAUAACUGCAUCAAUUUAUAAUAAAGCGAUGUAACCAGUAACCACCCUUCAUUUAUAUCACGUAUUCUCAUUUAAUAAUCAGCUGCGCUUUCCUUUUGCUUAAUAACUAGGUGAUAACCCUCGUCCUGCGCGGAACGAGGAGAUUAUUAAAGUAUUAUAACUUUUAAUAUGUAGACAUAAUAAAAGUUAAAGGCAUAGUAAGAAAAAUAUAUCUAAGAAAGUACGGAUUAUAGCGAGAAAUUUUAGUAUGUAAAUAUAAAUUUAUAUGCGAUGGCCAUCAAAAUUUAAUUGUAUAUUUGUUUGCAUGCGGGUAAAUUAUAAAUAUAAUAUUAAAUGAAACAUAAGCAAUAGUCUAAUAAAAUAUAAAAGGAACAAUGUAUAAAAAACAAAAGAAAAUUAAAAAUAGAGACAAAAUAACUGCUGUCAAUAAUGCAUUCAGAAGUCUUCGUUUGCAAUCCUAUUAUGAGCAAUAGCAAAGAGAUUAUCUAGAGAAUUUAAAAAUAUUAUUUAACAAAAUAUGUGAAUGCAUGUAUUACCUCAAUCUUAAAACAUCAAUUUCUGGAACACCAAUGGGAUCGAAGACAGUUUUGGAAAUUCCAUCAAUGUUAGUAACCCUCUUAAGUCGGCCUUAUUAUGAAAUAUGUCAAAUAUUAGCAAAAUAUAAAUAUAAUAUCAGCUCCUAUUAAUCGAUUGUAUAUGCAAUAAAUACAAUAGAUUACUUUGUCCCCAAUUAAUUUGCCAACACUGUAAAACACAUAAUACUAUGUCUGCAUGUAUAGAAUUCCAUAAAUCAUUGAAAACAUGAGCAAGUGCACCAUAAGCGACACUUAAUGACGACGUUACUGUAAAAGAAAAAAAGAAGGGUUCAAACCAUGUGAUACUAUACAAAUGUAUAUCUUUCUUUUUACAGAUGUUGAAUACUUACGGGAUGUGUAGUACGAAAAAACGGAUUUCGUGGUCGAUGAUACCAUUAUUUCCGUUCGUAAAAACAGAUGGAAUUAAAUCUAUAAAAAUAAGAAGGACUUACAUAAAUUUAUUAUUUAUUUAAGAUAAAACAAAACAUAAGAAAUAUAAUUAUUAUUUUCAUAAUAUAAAUUAUGAAUAUACAAUAAAAUUAAACAUAGGCAACAUGAUAAUAAAAUGCUACAUGAAAUAAGUUAUAAAGAAACAAAAAAAAAAACUGAUAAAACUUUCUCCUGGUUUUCUUUGAAUAAAAAGUCAGAGAUGAAAUUCAUAGCUCUCAAAUUUUAUAUGCUUGUUUUGUAGCAAGUUGAUUGUGAUACGGUGUGUCAAAGUUAUGUAUGAUAUAUGUAGUUAUAAUUGGUAGGAUUAAGUGCAUAAGGAUUACAUCAAGAAAUUUGUUCCGCGAGAUUAUAAGCAUUCAAAAAAUUAAAAAUAUUAUUUGUAUAUUUAUUGACUUACCAUAAUAUUUUUGAAAAAUUAUUAGUUACUUUCCUAUAUAAACCGCACCGGACUGAGUCAUUACGAUUGUGUAAAUACGUUAUCCAUAUUUAGUCUAGUUUUUCAAUUACUUGUUGAUACAACAAUUACUCUUGCGGAGAAUAAUCAAUCUCCAUAAAUAUAUUAAUACUUAUUGACGUAAUUGACGAAAUUAAAAUACAUGAUCAACUCUGAAAAUAAUUAUUCAACAAAUCGUUGGUCUGAAUUGGUGUUAGACACUUACAAAUUGUUCCAAUUUCCAUAUAUAUAUACUGGCCUAAGUUAAAAUUUUCCUAUAAUGCUUCUUUGAUUCCUAAUUUGUGAAUAUAUAACAGGAAAUAAUGUCAUAUAUAGUUAAAUACAUUCAUUAAUUUUAAAUAUUCUUCAAGACUUAUGAUUAUGAUUUAUUGAUUAAUUUUCAUACAAAUACUGUCCGCUUAAAUAGAUUUUUAUAUUUACGAUUUUUAUAUUUACCGGAAUAUAUGACUUUUUUAAAAAAAUAGAUAGAUCUUUGCAUUGCAGAUAACCGGACCGGAAAUAAGCUUAUAGUCCACGUUAUAUAUAUUUAGCAAAAUCCACGUUAUAUAUAUAGCUUAUAGUCCACGUUAUAUAUAACCGGACCGAAAAUUUAUGAUUAUGAUUCUAACAUAAUAAUAAACUACUUCAAAUGAUCCCAUUUCAUGUGUGAUUAAGUAAAAUGACCAAUGCAAUUUUAUUGAAGUGGGGUGGGUGAGGAAGAUCACGUGAUUUAUAUAUAGUACCCCAUAGUCAGGGUUAAUUUCACCCAAAUUCGGAACAAACGAAUACUCUCUUACAUUUAGUACUAAUAAUCCCUAACUUUUAGUCUAUAUUUUUAAAAUUGGAAAGUUUUACAAUUAAGAAAGAAACAAAUAUAAAGGAAUCUUGACUCUAAGAUUUGACCAAAUAACCAAACGAUUUGAUAAAUGUUGAAUUUAUUUUGUUGUCUUUUACAAAAGAGUUAAUAUUCUGCCUCUCAUAAAUUCCCGUUUUUUUUUCCAAAUCGGAUUGUAAUCAUAUAGUAUAAUGUAUAUGACCAAUGGCAUUUGGUUGUAAUUAUUCUAGUUCACAAAGGGUUUUUUAAAAAAGUUAGUGAGAGUGUAUGAGGUGAUGACACAUAGGAAAUGACACUCAUGUAAUAAACACAUGAGACCAAGGUUUAUUUCUAUGAAUGUUCCUCCUUUAAUAAGUAAGGGAUCAGUUGGGCUUUUAUUUUUUAAACGAAAUUUAAAUGUAACCACUACACAAUGAGGAUUGUAACCACCACAUCAUAUCACCUAAAAUUUGGGAGCCACCAUUUAAAAUAAAGUUAUUGUUUAAUUAAAAAAUCUAUUCUAUUAAAACACAAGUAUGACCAAUUGAUAUAUGUUGAGUCUAAUAAUUGUUUUUCUAUGUUAUGAAAUCUAAAAAAAAAUAAAACAUAAUACUUUUAAACUGAAUUGAAAUUAAAACUGUAUUUCCAUAACUACCAUUUAUUGGUCAAAACAUGUAUUUUGUAACCUCCUUUCCAUAAUUAUCGAUGACCACACCACUUCUUUCUAAUAUUUAUAUUCGACAACUGUUAUAUAAAUGAUAAUAAUUAUUCUUUUCUUUUGGGUUUAUAUCAAAACUAAGUUUGCUUACUUCCUUUCAACAGUAUUCUAUCAAAAUUUUCUUUUGUGUGUUAUUGGAUAAUCUGAACCUUUUUCUUUUUAGAAUUUUAACCUUUUAUUUUAUUAAUAGAACACAUUAUUUUAUAUAAUUAUGUAUACAUUUACAUUAUUGACAUAUCUUUCUAUAAUUGUAUGCUAAUUAUUUCUUAUAAUCUCAGUUAAAAAGUACAAAAUUUAAUUUUUAUAUCACAGACACUUUCUAUUUGUUAAGAAAUACAAAAUAAAAACACUUAUUGUAGUUUCAUUUUUUCACCUUUAAUAUUAUGAAAGAAGAUAUAUACUAUUUUCACCGACUAUUAAAAUAUAAUAUUUAUUAAUAAUAAAAUUUGGUAUAUUUAAUUAUUUUAACUAAUUAUAACUUACAUCUCACCUAAAAAAUUAGAAUUUAUUCAACUAGACAUUAAUUUAUUCAAAUUUUAAAUAUUUUACAUAGACAUUACAAGAUGUUAAAAUAGGGUUUAACGGUUUUAAUAGAAAUAAACAUUCAUAUAAACUCAUUUAAUUUAACGGGACCGAAAUAGGUUAUUCGAUCAAAAAUAUUUAUUAAAUGUUAUCUAUUCUAUUAAAACAACAAUAUGACCGAUCAAUAAAAGUAGAAUCCAACUAUUUUUUUUAUUUAAAGAGUUAUUAUCUAUUAAGUAAAUAAUAUAACUGUAACCCACUAACCCCAUAUUUCUUUUUGUAAACGAACCCACUAAUUCUAUAUUUUAGAAUUAGUUUUGUGUUUUAAAGGUAACGUGGUUACAUUGGAUCACAAUUUAUAAAACCCAUUUUAUUUUGUUAAAUAGGAUUACAAAGAGAAACACAAUUACAAUUACAAAGAAAAAUAUAAAUAUGAUUAUAAAGAAAAAUAUAAAUAUGAAAAUUAAUUUUUUUUUUAAAAAAUGUAAAACAAAAAAUAUACCCGAAUCUAGUGUUUUCAUAAAUUAUAUGUAGAUAGAAUACACAGCACAACGAUGCACACAGCAUAUGCAACGUUAAAGUUUAGAUUUUAAAAUAAUAAAAAACCAUAAUACAUUUUUAACCGUAGAUUUUAAGUUACAUAUAGAUAUCCAUAUAACUCGUACGAUGAAACUUUGAAUUUUGUGAAAGAAAACUCCAAUAAGUUAAUAUAAUCAUGUUAUAUAAUGUACAUAAAUUUUAAAGGUGAGUACUGUUUAUGAGGAAACAAAUCAGAUAUGCACGAUUUUGUUUCCUACAAAUGGCUAAUUUUACCAAUUUAUAUUUAAGUUGUUUAGAUUGUUUUCCUUCGAGUGUGUAUAGAAAAUUUAUUCAAAAGUAUGUGGUUCAUUGAAUAUUGAUAUUUACAAUGAACACGUUUCAUACAUAGAUGACAUAUAGAUAUUAACCUAAAAUAACCUUAACAAAAAUUAAAAUACAAUAACUUUCAAAUCAAUAUUCAUAUUAUUAGUAUAUAUAAUAAUACUUAGUCCCACUCACAUUUACCAUCGGCUUUCCAAAACUUUGUGCUACAUUAUGUUUCAUCUUUCAAUGGCCAACACUAAACAAAAACCAGUUUCAAUCUUAUUGCUUACUACAUUUUGCCUCUUGUCGUUAUACUUUGUGAAAAAUCAAGCCUUCUCAAAAGUCUCAUAUCCAUCUACCUUAGGUCUAAACCAAGAUAAACUAACACAUCUUCACUUCUACUUCCACGACAUGUAUGGUCACAACCCAACAUCAGUGAAAGUAGCAGAAGCCGCACAAACAAACACAUCUAAAACAUAUUUUGGUUCCAUGUUCGUAAUGGAUUGUCCUCUAACUACACUUCCUAAUAUAGGCUCCAAGAGAAUAGGGUAUGCACAGGGUAUGACCGCAUCUGCAUCUCAAACCGAAUUGGGAUUGUUGAUGAUUAAUUCUCCAUUUUGUGUUUACGGAAAGAGAAUAUAACGGAAGCACGAUUAGCAUUCUUGGACGUAACCUUGUGUUUGAGAAUGUUAGGGAGAUGCCUGUUGUUGGAGGCAGUGGCGCGUUUCGAUUCGCUAGAGGAUAUGCCGAGGGAAAGACUUAUUCAUUAGAUGUUAAGUCUGGAAAUGCAACUCUUGAAUAUAAUGUAUUUAUCUUGCAUCCUUGAUGUGUUAUACAAUAAUGUUAAAGCCAAAGUAUUUUAUUAUCUUUGAUUCCGUGAAUUUUUUUGAUAAUUACAGUGAUGAUUUUUCAUAAUUUAUAAAUUUGUUUGUUUUUUCUAAAUUAAUAUGUAACUGUUUCCUGAUUUGGAGAACAAUAAUCACCAAUGCAGAUCAAUUCUUUACUACAGAGUCAAACCGCAAUAAGAACUACCACAUGUAAUGUGAGAGACUCAAAGUUUAGAAUCCAAAUGUUUUUUUUUUUUGACAAAGUAGAAUCCAAAUGUUUUUCGAUUAAUUUGUUUGGUUUGAUAUGGAUCUUUACAAUACAUUUUUUUUGUAAACUAUAUAUUUUAUUUUCAUUGUUAAUCUUUACAAUACAUUUGCCUAAACACUAAUCAUUUACAAAACUGGUUGUUAUAGUUUUCAUUUUUUGUUGGUCCAAGAUGCGACCGAGACACUUCAAAUCUCUACUUAUCUCUUUAAAGAAAUGUUUAAUCAACCAAGGUUUAGCUAUCUCUGUAAUACAAUUUUCACUUCCAUUAAUAUUCACAUUCUCGUGAAUAUCGAUUGUUGGAUUUAAAUAAAAACCAAGUCCUUCGCAUCAACUGCCAAAGUCAAUGUUAGUAAAUAAUUAAAUUUAGUCUUCCAGAUUUUAGAGACUUUUUCUUUUUUUUAAUUAUUCUGCCGGGAAACAAAAUAAAAUUUAAAAAAUUAAAGAAGAGGAAAAUCGUCACGCUCUCACUAAACUGUAUCCGUGAAGGCAAAAAAUACAGUAUAAAAAAAGUAUGUAUGUAUACACUUGUUGCUAUCUCUCCUCUCUCUUUCUCACACCUGAGCCAUUAAUAUGGUGGGAUGUUUAUGUUUACGAGAAACCCAAACUUACAAACAAUUGAAAACGAGACUAGUUGUUAUUCAAUCGCAAUCAACGACUAAUCUCUGCUACUCUCUGAGAUCUCUCUUACGUUUUGCAUUCAAUUCCUUAUUUUAAAAUUAGCGGCGAUGAUGCUCCUUUCAUUCACCAGAGGUUUCCCAAAAAAAAACCCGGUGAUAAUUCACUAAAUCCAACGGUAACUGUGGGAACUAUCCAUUGGUGUUCUUUAUUCGACCUUCCUUUGCGAUUGUGAUUCUCUGAUUCGUUCCACGUCAUCGCUUAUUCUUUUUAUAUUGCAAACCAUUUUCUGGCUUUGGCAUGAACUGUGAGUAAAGCGCGUAAGUUUAGGCUUUUCUUUUGUUCUCUUUGGUGCUUUUUAGCCAAUGUUUAAGAAGCUGCAUUAUGGGGUGCGUAAACCAACUUUUUGAGUGCAUAGACCAAUUUUUGAAAAGAUCAGUUAGAAAAAAUAGUUUUGUUUAGGUCUGAUUUGCCGCCUAGGCGGAUAGAUAGGCCCCGCAUAGACUGAUUUUUAGAACACUGUUCUUAUUGGUGGAUAGUCACUUUCAAUUCCGGGGAAGCUAUAAACAAACUUAAUGAAACUGUUCACUUUUCGGUGUUCUUGCUGUUGUCAGUUUUAAGAGAUGAUGAAAGAAAGCUUUCUAUAACUGGUUGGAUUGGUAUAAGCUGGUGGUCACUUUUAGAAAGUUUUACUGAGAUGCUUGGAACCUUCAUUUGCUUAGAAAUAGGAAAUGCUUUUUUAUGCUUUCGGUUGGUUUACUAGUUAGCUUCAUGAGGAAUUUCUUCUGUUUGAUUGGCGGAGAGAUCAGAGAUCGUCUCUUAAAUGUUUGAGAAACUUAAGCCUCUUAAUUUGAGUCUGGAGCUCAGUUCAUGAAGAUGUCAAAAUAGUAGUAUGUGUGAACAGUCUUCCUAGAGUAACCUUGAGUCAGUAGAUACAAUGGCGGACACAGAAAAAUAUUUAACAUGGGUCAUAGUUUAAUUGGACCUAGAACAAGAAAAAAAAUGUUAUUUGAGCUAUAGUCACGACUAAUCACAGUUUACAAAUCAUUAUUUCAUAUUUUAACCUGUGUCAGUUGACACCCCUUUAUUGUACAUGGGUCCGCCUCUGAGUAGAUAUCACUGCUUCUUUGUGUGUUGAUUGAUUUUUGUACCCGUGUCUUCAUUCAGUGUUCUGGAGUUUUGACUUGUGAUGGCGUCUAGACAAGGAUCGAAGUCGAGGAAAGCAGGGUCUAGCAAUUUUAAGGGUGCUGACUCUACUGCUUCGUCAACAACCUCGUCAUCAAAGCUUUAUCAAGAGACUUCUAUUGAUGAUGGCCAUAGCUUCCCUGCUUCUUCAUCUGCUCAAAGCAAGCAGCACUUCUUCUCAUCAGAUUCGUUUCCACAAAGUGCUCAGCCUUCUAAAGAAAACGUCACAGUGACAGUUCGCUUUCGCCCACUCAGUCCAAGGGAAAUCCACAAUGGGGAAGAGGUUGCUUGGUAUGCAGAUGGGGAAACAAUCGUGCGUAAUGAGCAUAAUCCGACAAUAGCUUAUUCAUAUGAUCGUGUAUUUGGACCUACAACCACAACACGCAAUGUCUACGAUGUUGCUGCACACCAUGUUGUUAAUGGAGUUAUGGAGGGGAUUAACGGGACCAUUUUUGCAUAUGGAGUGACAAGCAGUGGGAAGACUCACACGAUGCAUGUAAGAUCCCUAAUACCGUUUGACUGUUGAAACCAUGUUUGCAUUUAACUUUAGAGUGUCCAUGAAUUUGUACUUAUAUUAUUUUGGCUGAUUUUUUGGGUUCAAAUGUCAGGGUGACCAGAGAUCUCCUGGUAUUAUACCGUUAGCAGUGAAAGAUGCUUUCAGCAUUAUCUUUUUUUUUUUUUUUUUUUUGGAUAACCCGGUGUAUCCUGUCCGUAUUUUUCGGCCGGACCACGCUGAUGUGUCGAGUUUUAACCCGAUUAUCUAACUGCAAGUGCACAGUAAAGUACGCAGUAGUAAUGCGGGAUCGAAUCCACAGGGACCGAUGAUCACACGUAGAGUUGCAGACAAGU